AUGACGAAAACUCCGGAAAGUUUGCCACGCACGAUGAGGCGAUCGAUUUUGGUAUUUUGCAUCGUUUCGCUAUGCUUGGCACUCUUCCUGGGUGCGCUGGAUCUCGUAAUCUGCACAACCUUGUAUGAUACUAUUGGGGUAAAGUUCAAAGAUUAUAGCAAUGUAGGGUGGAUUAUGACCGCUUACAACUUGCCGAAUGCACUUUUCAUGCUUUUGUGGGGUAGAAAGGCAUCACUGCUGGGUCUCAAGAGCAGCUUGGUGAUUUCGAUAGUAAUUUUCGAAGUGGAAUCUCUACUUGCAGCGGUGGCAAGGCAAACUCGAUGGGAAUGCUGAUAGGAGCAAGAGUCAUAGCGGGCUUUGCAGGAAGCGGAAUAGAAUCUCUUGUGUCUGCUGUGGUUACUUCAAUAGUAGCGGAGAAACACAGGGCCCGAGUCAUAACGAUUCUUGGAAUUGCCUGCAUGGUCGCAGAAGGCGUGGGCCCUUUUAUAGGAGGUGCCUUUGCAGAGCAUGUGCCGUGGAGAUGGUGUUUUUACGUCAAUCUUCCUAUCGGAGCGGUAGCUCUGGCCAUUCUGUCCUACGGUUUUAAUCCGGCCGGCAAUAAACCGCAACCUGCAAUUCGCGUGCUUUGGAGAAAAGCAAAGACUUACAGCUACAAACAAAUGUUUCAUAGGGAGCUUUGGUUGAAACUUUUUGUGCUGCUAUUUUUCAAGCUCGACAUCAUGGGUCUAAUAUCCUCAUCCACGGGCUUUGCUCUUAUCAUGUUGGCCCUCACGUUUGGCGGGAAUAAAUUUGCCUGGAAUUCAGGGUCAAUCAUAACUAUGUUCGUUGUGGGAAUCAGUCUGCUGAUACUUUUUUUGAUCUAUGAUUUCUGCUUAUUUCCGUGGAUAGGAAGACAGGCCCACCAAAGGUCGACCAACCCUUUGAUAUCCUGGAGUAUGGGCUCUAACACAGGCAUUUUGACCAGCUCGUUGGCAGGCUUUUUCAACUGUUUUGCUUUUGAGCUGCAAUCGAUCUUCCUUGUGCAGUAUUACCAGCUGGUAGUUAAUAAGAAACCAGUGCUUGCCAGUAUCCACUUGUGGCAGAUGUCAGUUCCGGCUCUGAUUUCAGUAAUCAUAAGCGCUUCAUAAACGAAAAAUUUGGUAUUGUCAAGCCACUUAUUUUGAUGGGUAGCAGUUUGGGUUUCAUAGGAUCCGGACUUCUCACACUAGUUGAUAGCAAUACUCAGUUGGGAGCAUCUAUUGGCUACAGUAUGUUAGCUGGGGCAUCCUUCGGCGUGGUGUACCAAUUAAGUUUAGUCAGUUCCCAGUUACAGAUAGACCGCAACGACAUUGACUAUCACACCAAAUUCAUUGAAGUAACAGCAUACAACACGUUCCUCAAGACCUUGGGAUUUGCGUUUGCAGGAAUUGUCAGCACUACUAUCUUUGGAGUCUCUCUCCACAACUUUACCGCAGGAUCAUCUAUUCCCAACUUUGAAAGCACGGAGGGUGUCAUCAGUUUUAGGAUGCAUCAUUUUGACGGCAAGAACUCUGAGCUUGGACGGCUGCUGGCAAAGUCUAUCCGGAACGUUUUUCUUUUCGCGUUAGGCUGUAGCGCGCUGUCCUUCAUAUUUUCGCUGUUUACUUCUAAUAGACGCACAAAAACGACGGCGGAAGAAGAAAACGAUGCAAUUGAAAUGGGAGUCAAGGUAUGA